AUGCCUCUUGACUUGGACUUCUUACAGUUUGCAUGUCGGCAAGAGCUGUACCUCUGGGAAGCACUGUCAAGGCAUGUAAAUGUCCCCCCGGAUAUUGUACAGGCCUUAAGAGAGUUCCUCCAGCUGGUCAUGGACCGCAUUGAAAAUGCUGAAGUUACCAACAAUACUGUUGAAACUGUAGCUGGAGAGAUGGGGCGUCCCAGGUACAAUCUAGAGAAGCAGAAACUUGUAGAUCUUUUGGAGAUCAAUCUGUCUGUGGACUGCAUCGCAAAAUUACUGUGCGUUUCAGCCAGUACAGUCAACAGACGGAUGCGGGAGUUUGGACUCUCUGCCAGACAGAACUACAGCAAUGCUACUGACCAGGAGCUUGAUAAUGCAGUCCAACGCAUCAAAAAUGAAAUGCCCACAGCUGGCUAUCGGAUGGUCAAAGGGAGGCUAAAGUCCAUGGGAAUCCACGUCCAGGGGCCCCUUUCACUGUGGCAUGUCGACACUAACCACAAACUGAUCAGGUACAACAUUGUACUUUUUGGUGCAGUGGACGGCUACUCCAGAAAGGUGGUGUGCUUGAAUGCUGCAACAAACAAUCGUGCAUCAACCGCAUUCACUGCCUUCAAAAAAGCAACUGAGAGGCAUGGAAUACCCUCAAGGGUGAGAGGAAAAAGCGUCCACAAUCAAAGGAUUGAACGUUUGUGGCGGGAUGUCAGAACAUGUGUGACAUCAAAAUAUUACAACGAACUCCACAGCCUAGAGAUGGAUCACCUUCUUGAUGUGUCCUCCAGUGAAGAUCUUUUGACAGUCCACCUGGCAUUACUUCCUAAACUAAAAGCAGACCUGGAGGCUUUUGUUGAAGAGAAUCUUGAGGACAUUGAAGAGCCGGACAUUGACUGGGAUGUUGCAGCUGACUAUGGAGAAGAUGUGGAUGGUGUGAUAGCAGUCCCUGAAUUUCAGUGUUCAUUGAAUGAACAGCAGCUACGCGUGCUUCAGGUGCUGAUUGAAGAAAAUGGAGAAGCUGACAUUAGAGACAUUUACCUUCUGUGUCGUGAAUAUGUGCUUCAAGCUUUGUCAGGUGUUUAAUAAUUGUUUUGGUGAUGAGAAAGUG